GCCUUUGUUGCGGUCCCACAUCGAGGGGGUGCCGCUCGAGGUCAGGGUGGACGUCAUCCUGGAGGUCGUGGUCGUGGUGGCCAGCGGGGUCGUGGACAGAGAGGUAGAGGCUGCGGCUAUGGAGGUCAGCCACAUCCAGCUUAUGGCGGACAGCAGGUGUAUGGCAGGCAGCAGCCGCCCCUUCUUCCAUUACCUGCUCAAGGCCAGCAGUUUCCUGGACAGCAGAUCCUUGGUGGUCAGCAGUUGCGUGGUCCGCAACAACAUGGGGUUCCAGGUACAGUUUUAAGUAAUAUUUUGUCUGGUUAUUCAUACUUUAAUCAUCUAUCUACUUGCGGUACUAAUAGUGUCAGUACAGGUUUCCCAUCUGUGGACAAUAAUUAUUCUCAUGCUUCUCCACCAGUUGUCUGUCAAAUUUGUUACUCCCCAGGUCACUCUGCCCUCACGUGUCCAAGGUUUGUUGGUUCCUCCACUCCUGCUCUGGCUGUACUUCCCACGGGUGAGACUAACGCUUCUGUGUGGUAUCCUGAUUCGGGUGCCUCCGCUCAUAUGACCCCUCAUGAAGGACAAUCAGACGGGGGUGCAUCUUCUUCAGGGCUCCAAUAAAGACCAUCUCUAUCCUUUUCAUGCUCUUCAAGCGAACCUAGUUUCUG